AUGGAAGGCCCUAAAAUCCUAAUUACACCCUUUGACAUGACCCUUCGAUGGGGGCUGCUGCUUCUUCUGGCCUUGGGGCGAAGCGAUUGCCCCAGCAAUGACAAGGCGGACUUCGAUUCGUGCCAGACGGAUAUCCUGUUAGGCGGUUCCCUGCGCGACGACACGCCCAAGACGGUAGCUCCCACUCAGCAGCCUGGGCGCUCUUCUGCAGCCUGCGUUGAUUGGCCUGGAUGUGCCCCACUCGGCCUUUUCGGCGACUGCUGUCCCUCCAACGGAGGUGCGAUGCUGGGCUGCUGUAGCGCGCCGGGGCGUCGUCUAGCACUGCUGCAGAUGGAGAGGAAGGGUGUCACAAUCGAUGACACCACUCUCCAGUCAUGA